AUGGCGGACGAGGGUCAUUUAAAAUACGAUGCGUGCACUGACAGCCUGCUCAUGCGCUCUGGCAGUCAGCAAAUCGAUUUCGAACGAUACAGGAAAAUGGUCCAGUGGUACAUAGACAAGCACCAGUACACAACAGCGCUGUUCUGGGCUGACAAGCUCGCAUCGAUGUCAGGAGAAAACGCCGAUGAUAUUUACACUAUGGCCCACUGUCUCUACCUGACGAAGCAGUACCACAGAGCAGCGCACUGCAUCGAAAGUAGAAACCUGCACAAGGCAAGUCUGAAUUUCAAGAUAUUGGCCGUGUCCAGCAGACUUGCAGGCAAGGAGUACAAAGAGGCAAUAGAAAUCUCGGAAGCACCGCUCUUGGAACCCUGUCAUCCCGAGGGCAAGGGCGACGACUCUGGUUCACAGCACCGGUUGGAGGCUUCACUGCACCUUCUCAAAGGAAAGGCGAACGAGGCUAUUGAGAACCGCUCGGUGGCUGCCGAAUGCUACAAGAAAGCACUAGCCCUUGACAUUCACUGCUAUGAAGCAUUUGAAGCUCUUGUUAAGCAUCAGAUGCUUUCUCGAGAGGAAGAGGAGAGCGUCCUCAAUUUGCUGACCAUGGCUAUGGGUGCAUCUUGUGAAGACAGCGAAUUCGUCAGGCUUCUGUAUGGAACCAAGGUUAAAAAGUAUGACAAGCCGGACCUUUCCGAGCUUCCAAACGAGCUUUCCAAGCUCAGCGACAACCUCGACAUUGCCACAGCCGUGGCUGAGAAGUGCUACUAUAAUUGUGACUAUAAGCGUUGCUAUUCCAUCACUUCUUUGGUGCUUAAUAGAGACCCCUACCUCAUGGAGUGUCUUCCCAUCCACAUAUCGUGUCUGAUGGAGCUGGGGAAAUCCAACGAUUUGUUCUACUUGGCCCACAAGCUUGUCGAUAUGUACCCCGAAAACGCUAUAUCAUGGUUUGCUGUUGGUUGCUACUACUACCUAAUAGGCAAAGCAGGUUCUGCAAGGCGUUACCUCAGCAAGGCCACCGUAUUGGACCAGGUGUUUGGUCCGGCCUGGCUCAUGUAUGGCCACUCGUUCGCCAUGGAAAGUGAGCAUGACCAGGCAAUGGCAGCUUACUUCAAGGCACUCCAGCUAAUCAAAGGGUGUCACCUCCCGUUCUUGUACAUUGGGCUCGAGUACGGCUUGACCAACAACACCAAGCUGGCAGAGCGGUUCUUCAGCCAAGCACUGGCCAUCGCACCAAACGACCCUUUUGUACUCCAUGAAAUGGGUGUUGUGGCCUUCCAGAAUCAAGAGUACCCAGCUGCCAAGCGGCACUUCGAGAACGCCCUGAACUUGCUCCAGGCGAAUGACCGCGGUGUUCUUCCUGAGAAGUGGGAGCCUCUUCUGAACAACUUGGGUCACACCUACCGAAAAUUGAAGAAGUACAACAGAGCCCUGGAGUAUCACCAGCAAGCCCUGGUCCUGUCUCCGAAAAAUGCCUCCACGCUUUCAGCUAUCGGUUUUGUGCACAGUCUAAUGCGUGACUGGGCUCAUGCAGUCGACUACUUUCACAAGGCUCUAGGUCUGCAGAGGGACGAUGCAUUCUCGACCACCAUGCUCUCUCAAGCAAUAGAGCAGCAGAUGAAGGUGCUAACGCCCGGCAAAGGCGUGCCCGACGUGUUGCCCGAGUACACCUCCAGUGACAGCCCACAAAGCUCUGCACUGGACAUGGAUGUCACGAAUGCUUCAUGCCAGUCUCAGGACUACGACAUUGACAGCAUCAACUAGAAGAAAUUGUUUCCACAUAUGUACAUAAACUCUAUUCAUCUGAUUGUGGAUGGCUUUGUU